AUGGACGCAACAACACAAGCCCAGCCCCUGGCUGACCGCUCCACCAACACCCACUUGGGUGACAAGACCGAUCUCAAGGGCGACAUCUCAUCGAUGGAGUACCACCGUCAGGUCCUGCAGGAAAAGGUCGCAGGCGAGGAACAACCCACUUCCUACGUUUCCCCCUCAGACGAACUCAUGAGCCCCUGCACAAAGAAACUCAGCGACAUCAAGGGCAAGCGAUUCAAGAAUGCCGGCAAGCCCCAAUCACUGUUCGCUAAGCUCGGUAAGAAGAGCUACGAGCAAUCCUCAGCCGAGAAAGGCCGUGAGGAUUAA